AUGUUUUUAAGACCUAUAGUGACCAUUGUGUCAAACAAACAGCUAAAAUAUAUUGAAAAGCAUUUGUAUUUGAGUGAUAGUAGGGCUGCAUUGGAUGAGUUGGAGCUCAAGAACUAUAACAUUGAGCGCAUCAUCUAUUUAUGUCCGGAAGACGACAAAGAUUUACCUCAUUUUUCUGGCAUUUAUUACAUGCGUUUGACUCUCAAUUGGCAACCGUUUGAACAGAUUAUCACAUACUUUGGUUACGUUCAUCAAUACAUACGAGAGGCGCAAACUUUUGAAGAAAAUCUAUUGAUCUGUUGUCCCGACGGCCAGACAUGGAGUGCAGCCAUUUGUGUCGCUUUUCUUAUGAAACGAUACAAUCUUUCGACCGACGGAGCAGUUGCCACACUAAUGGACUGUAAAUCAGAUGUUAAUUUGAAUCAAUUUCGGCUUCAACUGAACUUAUGGCAAUACACGGGACAUACUAUCAGAGCUGAUAACACAUGUAUCCGACAGUAUAUCUUUGAUCGUCUCAUCGAUAGAGUGAAAACUGCUCUUCCGUUGCCAUCAUUUGGUGGUCUAUCGCUCACCAAUAGUAUGACUAUUAGAAAAGCGUUGACAUUCAUGAAGUUGUUGAAUGAGAAGGAUUUCCAACAACGCCUGAUAAAAAUAUUUCUUCAUUAUUUAAGAAUCAUUGGAUUCAUUGAAGACAUGGAUCCCAACUUCAAACUGGAACCGAUUAUAUCGUGCAAAACAUGCGGCUCUGUAUUGGUGUGUCGGUCACAGAUUUUAACUGCGGGCGGAACGGAUGAUCUCAGUAUUCAUUGUUCAGAUAUUUAUGUUGAACUGACCCAAUGGAUCGCCAUAUCUAUGCUUAAAAAUAUCGCUAACGAUAUCACUGGCCAAUUGCUUUGUCCGAAUUGUAACCAACAGGUGGGCGACUAUGACUGGUGUCGCGAUGUUGACAGUUAUUGUCGCUGUCGGCGACACUUUGCCAUAAAACGAUUUCAGUUCUUCCGAAUUACUGACACCAACGUCAAUGUGUUACCAUCGAUGGUCAAUCAAUAUCGAGAUAAACAUCCCAAGUGA